AUGUCUUUGCUCAGUUUCGCAAACGAACUUCUGCAAGUUAUCGCCCAAAACCUGGAAUCACAAAGAGAUAUCAACGCUCUAGCACAGACGAACUGCGACUUGUACUCUUUCUUUAAUUCCUACCUUUAUUCCUCAAAUAUUCGACAUAACAACGGUUCGGCUAUGGUUUGGGCUGCGGAGCACGGACAAUUACAAACAGCCCGUAAUCUGAUCAGGGAAGGUUUUGAUGUGCAAUCCCAUACCAAUCUUGGUUCAAUUCCUCUCAAUCUUGCAGUCUUUCAUGGGCAAGGGGAUAUAGCCUCACUGUUACUGGCACAUGGGGCUGAUCCCGAGAAGAAAGGCUUGUUUGGCCGUACCCCGCUGCAUGAGGCAGCACGCAGUGGUCAUGAAGCAGUGGCUAAGCUCUUGAUCGCGCAAGGAGUUGAUCUGGAACCUGUAGAUUCAGAUGGUCGAACCCCUUUGCAUGCCGCCGCUUGCGGUGGCCACGAAGCAGUCACUAAUAUACUGCUUGAAAAGGGCGUUGAUCUUCAGUUGAUGGAUUCUAAAGAUUUAAUGGGCUGCACGCCACUACAUUAUGCAGCACAGGGAGGUCAUGAGGCAAUGAUCAUGCAAUUAAUAGCAAAAGGGGCUGACCUAGAAUCUCAGGAUUCAUAUGGCCGCACCCCACUACAUCUUGCGAUACGCAACGGCCAUGAAGCUGCGGCCCGGCUGUUGAUAGACCGUGGUGGUGAUAUGCAAGUUCAAACUCUGGGGAUUUGA